AUGGCAGUAGCAUCCUUGCCACCUUCCUCCAAUGGAAGAAUGGUAGAGCCGGCCGGGACGAUGGUGCAGUGGUGGGAAGAAUGGCAGCUGCGCGUGCUCGUUCUCACCAGCCUCUUCCUCCAGUGCUUCCUCUUCUUCUCGGCCACCUUCCGCAAGCACCGGAUCCCGGCGAUCCUCAGGGCAUCCAUCUGGCUGGCCUACCUCGGCAGCGACGCCGUGGCGAUCUACGGCCUCGCCGCCAUCUUCAGCCGACACGGGAAGAACGCCGGCGACGACGGCGGCCGCGGGGAAUCUUCCAUGCUGGAGGUGCUGUGGGCGCCCGUCUUCCUGAUCCACCUCGCCGGGGCGCAGGACAGCAUAACCGCGUACGACGCCGCCGAGGACAACGCGCUGUGGGCGCGGCGCGCGGUGGCCAUGUCGUCCCAGGCCGCGGUGGCCGUCUACGUGUUCUGCAGGUCAUGGUCCGGCGGGAAGGUGCCGGCGCGCUGCCCGGUGGCGCUGUUCGUCACCGGGUUCCUCAAGAUGGGUCUCAUGCUCUGGGCUCUGCGGCGAGCCAGCGCUACGAGGAUAGCAACCGUCGGCCGGAAGGCGGCGGCGGUAGAGGCCAACUGGUCGUUAGAGAGAUACCUGCAGUGGGCGAGUAAAUCCGCCAUCGAAGCCACCAGGAACAUUCAGACGAACGACGACGGCGACGGCGGCGGCGGCGAGAAUCGUUCGGCGGCUCGCCGCCAUCGUAGCGCCACCAGUGAGCUGCAGCUGGACCUCAUAGAUCUCGAGUAUCAGAACGACCUCAUGGAGCUCUUCAUUGAUUUCCCAAAUACCUACACUAGCCGGCUUAGCUACCUCUCGUUGUUCUUGAAGCUCGAACCCUACGAUGCAUACUGCCGGCUUUGCGACCUCGUGGAUUAUGCGUUCCAGAUCUUCUACACCAGCAGAAACGCCGCCUACCCCUUCGCCAUCUGGUUCGUAUUCCUGCGGUUCAUCUUUUUCAUGCUGGCCUCCACGGCCAUCGGAGGCUUUGACGGGCUUGACAGCAACAUAGACGGGCUCGACGCCAACGAUGUCAAGGUAACCUACAUCCUUCUAUACUCUGAAUUCGUAGUGGAAUUCAGUAACAUGAUUUCGCUGCGCUACCAUAAGUGGCCGGUGUGCAAGCUAGAACCACAAAUAAAGCACACUAUCGCGCAGUUCAGCCUCAUCGGCUGCGCUUCCCACAGCCGAUGGCCAAGGGAAAUGGAUUCUAAUCUCUCGAGAAGAUAUCCUCUCAUUCAUACGUGUCAAACAGUGUUGAGUAGAGUAGCCAUGUUUUUGAGAUGCAACAACCAGCACUACUGGUAUCAUGUUGAGCAUAGUUCGUCGACUGAAAAAGCCGUAGAUCUCAUCCGCGAGGACCUGAGAUCUGGGUGGGUGGAGGAUGAUCUGCGCAGCGCCGCCGCCUACCGGAGAUUCAAUGACCGGCGAGGCCAGUGGACUCUCCGGCGGGAGCAGUGCUACGGAGAGAUGGGAUGGAGCGUGGCCAAGCUACCGUUCGACGAGGCUGUCCUCAUCUGGCACAUCGCCACGGACAUAUGCCUCCAUUGCACGGAAGACAUCGACAUCUCAUCGUCACCGGCUGCCAGCGCCGACGAGGUCACCGCCGUGAUGGAGAUAUCCAACUACAUGAUGUACCUGCUGGCGUACCAGCCAGACAUGCUGAUGCUCGGCACCAGACAAAGCCUGUUCAUGGCGGCCCACCAUGAGAUCGUGCACGCCUUGAGACACCAGGGGCGGCAUCAGCAACAGCCCAGCGAGAGAGACCUUGCGCGAUGCCUCGCCGGCGGCGACGACGACGAGUACUCCACCCCGGCCACGGAGGAGCAAGCCGGAGCUGGCAGCAGGCUUCUCGAGAGGAGAGGAGGAGGAGGCCGCCAUCUAGCGCACGCACGGCGGCUCGCCGGCGCGAUGAUGAAGCUGGAUGCCGGCAAGAGGCUGAGGGUGAUCGGCGGGGUGUGGGUGGAGAUGAUAUGCUACUCCGCGAGCAGAUGCAGCGGGUCUCUACACUUGAAGAGCUUGGGUGUCAGCGGCCAGGAGUUCCUCACCGUCGUUUGGCUCCUGCUUCACCGGAUGGGCAUGGAGGUGUUGGCCGACAAGCUCCACAGACCAGAGCUCGCCGGAGACGAUCCGGAUGCUGUUGGUGUGUAA